UGAAGUAGCUAGUCUUAUGUGUGUGCGACAGGCAGGCAGGUAGGCAGGUUGCAAGAAUAUAAAUAGAGGAGACUAUUGCAAGAAGGUGUAUCUAUGUAUGUAUGGAAAUGGGGAAUGGGGGUAGUUCAUGCAAUCGGAAGAAGAAAGAGGUGUUUAAGGUGCUAUUGGUGGAUGAUGGGAGGGUGGAGGCGUACAGAAAAGCAAUGAGAGCAGGAGAGCUGAUGGUUGAAUACCCAGGGCACUUUGUGUGUGAUUCCGGUUACCUGAAAGUAGGGCACCGCAUCCAAGGCCUGCUAGCCCACCAAGAGCUUCAGGGCCGAAAAUUCUACUUCCUUCUGCCAAUGGACCUCCUAUACUCCGUCCUCACCCACGACGAGUUGAGCUCCUUCAAUUACAAGGCAUCCCGAUCCAGGCCAACCCUUAACAAUUUCGCUAAUACAAUAUUUAGCCACUUUUUUGUAUGCAUGUGUCCUCCACAGCCCGAGAAAUUGCGAUCACUUGCUGAUGCUGGUGCUGAGACUGAUGAAACGUACUCAAAGCUGAGAUCUUGGAGGCCCGCACUGGAGACCAUUAACGAAAGUCCAUCAAGAGCUUAGAUACAUACA